GUCAACGAUCACGUUGAGAUAAGGCGAAUAACUUACUACAAAUCCAGCGUCUACAAAAAUUUCAUAUUUCGUUGCAAUCUCAUCGACCAGAUCGUGUAUGCGGGGGCAUAAAUACCCAGGAAGCGUGCCCAAUCCGCCCCUUAACGAAAAGAUAAUUGAACAGUGUCGAUGGGCUAGCGGGGAGCGGCCCUCCACGAUCUAUUCCUUACCUCUGCAUAUGUAUGAGUAAUGUCUUCAAGAUGGAAUGGGUCACGAGGCGAGGAGCGAGGCGCUUAUGCUUCCAUUGCUCAAACCGAGAACGAGACUAUAUUCUCGUCCAACCACCAGGAGGAACUGGGGAAAGACUAUCUAUCGGAUGACGACGUAGGAAAAGAGGUAUCCUCUGAUAGAGAGACACAAUACUUGACUGGUGACUCAGAUGAGGCCGGUCGAGAGGAUUUGGAGCAUCUUCCACACGUUGCGGAUAAAUUGCCGUAUGGUGCCUUCUUGGUAGCCAUCGUUGAACUAUGCGAACGUUUCGCGUACUACGGUCUCUCUGGCCCGUUCCAAAACUACAUGGCAAACAAAUACGACGACCCAAAUGGAUUGCCGGGUGCCCUAGGGCUGUCGCAAUCCGGGGCGACCGCACUCUCUAAUUUUUUCCAAUUCUUCUGCUAUGUGACGCCGAUACUAGGUGCUAUUGUGGCGGACCAAUUCUUGGGCAAGUUCCUCACCAUCAAAUAUUUCUCGAUAGUCUACAUGACAGGAAUUGUUAUACUUUUCUUGACUUCGCUGCCGAUCUGCAUAGAGAAGGGGAUUGCAUUCCCUGGUCUAAUUGCAUCCAUGAUCAUCAUUGGCGUUGGCACAGGGGGAAUCAAGUCCAAUGUUUCCCCAUUGGUUGCCGAGCAGGUGCGCACAACAAGACCAUUCGUCAAAACUCUCUCAAACGGAAAUCGAGUCAUUGUUGAUCCGGAAGUCACCAUCCAACGCAUCUAUAUGGUGUUCUACAUGUGUAUCAACAUAGGAUCAAUCUCGGCCAUUGCUACAACAACGCUCGAGCUCCAUGUUGGCUUCUGGAGUGCGUAUCUACUUCCUCUUAUUAUGUUCUGUGUCGGAUACUUCAUCUUGAUCGCCGGCAAGGAUAGAUAUGUUAUCAGGCCGCCUCAAGGCGGUGUGAUAGGUAACUGUUUCCGGGCCAUCUGGAUUGGAGUUAAGAACGGCUUUGAUCUCGAGAAGUCGAAGCCGUCACGGCAGCCUCGGCCGAAUAUCCCAUAUCCUUGGACUGAUGGCUUUGUUGAUGAGCUGAGGACAGCAUUACUUGCUUGCAAAGUAUUCCUUUUCUAUCCUGUAUAUUGGGUGACUUUCUCGCAGAUGGCGACGAAUUUCGUCUCUCAAGCUGGCCAAAUGCAAUUGCACGGUCUACCCAACGAUAUUCUACCCAACAUCGAUCCUAUUACUGUGAUCAUCCUUAUACCAGUGUUCGACCGCCUCAUAUAUCCUUUCAUUCGCACCAGGUUAAGAAUAGAUUUCCACCCCUUGACACGCAUAACGUAUGGAUUCGUCUUCGCGUCACUGGCCAUGGCAUAUGCAGCCAUGUUGCAGGCCCGCAUCUACUCCGCACCUCCUUGCUACACGAGCCCAUCCAAGUGUGAGGCGGGCAGACUUCCAAAUUCCAGAAUUGCACCGAACGAGGUACAUGUUGCUUGGCAAGCACCUGCUUACAUUGUCCUCGCCAUAUCCGAGAUCCUCGCGUCCGUCACUGGCCUUGAGUUUGCUUACAAAAACGCGCCCGAGAGCAUGAAAUCCUUCAUAAUGUCCUUGUUUCUGCUGACUUCGGCUUUUGGAAGCGCGCUGGGGAUGCUGCUUUCGCCUUUCGCAAAGGAUCCGAAUCUCGUCUGGCUGUAUACGGGAUUGUCGUGUACGGCACUGGCUGGAGGCGGACUUUUCCAUUGGACUUUUAAGAGCGUGGCCAAGCCUCAAGGCGCAUUACCCGCCGUCGAAACGGUAGAGGAGUAUGAGCUAGAAAGUAGGAAAAGCGGUGUAGAGGCCGGGUCAAGUGGAGGCGAUUGAAAUGAAUGAUUGUGAAGUUCUUCCAAAAUGGUGAAACGAACCAAGGAAAUAGAGUCAAGAAAUCUACAUGGAAGAUACAUAUGUACAUAUAUACAAU